AUGGGUCUCCUUCCCCCGUUCGUAGGCGCCCUCCUCUUCAGCGCCAUCCAGUUCCUAGUGCUGCUGUUUGUGGUCAUCGCCACCCCCAUCUCCCAAAUCGAUUCCAUGACCUCAAAGAUGUGCUAUACCCUUUGGGGCUCCAAGUCUGACUGCAGCAAGGUGGGCUACACGGGCAGGGGCAAGAUGGCGUUCGGCGGCUGUGGCCAGCGUGUCAACAACAUGAACGGUGGCGCCGCCUUCGCCAUCAUCUCCAUUCUCACGACUUUGGUGGCGCUCUUCUUCGGGAUUAUGAUGCUGAUCCGCGUUUCCUGCCCGGUCAUCCUCCCGUUGUUCUUCACCUCCGUCUCGGUCGUGACGAUCCUGAUCAGCUGGGCUUGCGUGGCCGGCGCAUUCACCAUCAAAAUGUGCGGCAUGAAGUGGAGCAAUUUUGCCUUGAAAUACGGUCCGGGCUUUUGGCUCAUGAUCGCGGCCAUGUGUCUCCAGGUUCUCAACGUCCUCGUGUUGGUGUUCAUAUCCUUUUUCUAA